CACAUUAGGUUCAAGUCACAAAAUAGUCAUCGCCGCGUCGUAAACCGGUCAGAGGCCUUCUUCGCGACGCGCGCACCGCCACGCUGGGGGUUGGGCGCCGCGACGGGCCGCCGGCACCGGUCGCAGACGCGCGGCUCGUUAAGUAAGGCGGCGCGAUCGAGCUCAAGAGCCCUCUUCGCUCGGUCCGUCGCCGUCAGCGCCUUCUGCUUCGCGGCGUCGCGCUGGGCCUUCAGCUCCGCCUCGUCUCUGGCCCACUUUUUUCGGGCGUCGUUAAAAGACUGGCGUAGCUUCUGUCGCGCUGCCUCGCCGUCGCGGCGCUCCGUGGCCAGGGCCUGCCGCGCCUCCCCUAGCUCCGCCUCGAGCGCCGCGACGCGGCGCUGGAGCCGCGCCACGUCCGUGUCCGCCGGGAGCGGCAUCGGCGGAGGCGGCGGUGGUGCUGGCGCGGGCUUCGGCGGCGCCGCGACGGGCUCGUCCUUCGGAGGAGCUCGGUCCUUCCACGCCGCGCGCAGCCCCCGCGCCGCGCCGGACACGAUCCGGUCCGACGAGAUCUUCAGCUCCAUCAAAACGUCGCGCAGGCCCAAGUCCCUAUCGAGGUCCGUCUCUACCAGUUCAGGCGCGAGCCGCUUCAGCGUCGCCAGGCUCGCGAGGACCUUCUGGCGGCUCUGCGGGGCGCCCAUCCUCCUAGCUGCCGCUUUCAACUCGUUCGCGGCCUCCAGGGCGGCGAGCAACUCGGGCGACGCGCCGUCGGGCGCCAGCGCGCGCCAGUCUUCUUCACCGGUGGCGCUUUCGUCGGUCAGCGGCGCCCAGAGCAGCUCCGCCUCCGUCGGCUCCGCGGGCGCCUCGGCGUCCGCGAGCGCGUCGGCGACGGCGGCGUCCAAGGCCGCGUCGGCGACGGUGCGUUCCAGCGACUCGCGCGCGCGCCGCGCGGCCUCGGCGGCGGAGAGCGGCCGGCUUCGCGGCGCUUCGGGCGCCUGCCGAGCCGCUUCCGCUGGUGCCGGUGUGGGUGCCGGCGCGGGUGCCGCCAUGACCGCGCCGUGGCGGGGCGCGCUCGGCGCGCGCAGCUUCGCCUGCAGGUCGCGCAGCGUCGCCUUGGCGCGCGCUGCGGCGUCGUCAUGGUCGUCGCGCGGCCGCUUCGGCGCCGGCCCGUCGGAGAACUUGCUCUGCCGCUUGGGUUUACCGAGGGCCUUGGCGGCCGGGGACCUUGCGUCCCGCGAGAAGCCGCUCUUCUUGCCCCGCGGCGGACCGCGGGGCGGCGGCGAGAAGCCAGUGCCUCGACGCAUUUGGUUUGGCUCAGCACUUUUGUGUGUCUGGGAGAGCACAGUGGCCUGUCUCAGGCGGAAGCUUCGCGUGAAGUUACAGGUGACACGUGUGAUGUAUUACACGAUGAAUGCCUGUUUCCCAGCCUCUGCGCGCCGCAAAAUUGGCUUUUUGGCCGCUCGGCCAAGCUGG